CCACACCGUCUAGCGCAACUGCACAUCAUGACAGACGUUCCCGGGACAUUCGGUCAGGCUGAGUGCAACGGGGAUACACCACCUGAAAACGGUCAACAACCAAUCCCUAAAACAAAUGAGGGAGCCAGUGAUGUGGAUGGCACCCCACCAUACUACCGGGUCGAACGCCGUCUUGAAGACUUACCCACAGAAGGAAAUCAGGAGAAAAAUGAAAAAUUACAAGGGAAUAGGCUUGUCAGCUGGUCCACCGAUGGGGAGCUUCUCAAAGAAAAACCAGAAGAGAAUCUUUUUAUUGUUCAUAAGGCUGUGGCAGAUCUUUCUCUCCAGGAAACGAGUCGUGAUGAAAUGACAUUCAGAGGAGGGUAUCAAUGGAAGAAGAUUCCUCUGAGCGUCAGUAACCAGGAAAUAAGUAGACAGGAAAGGAUUGCUGAACAAUCUCUAGAAGAGAAAGGAGAGGAGGACGGGAAGAACAAAGCUCAUCAAGCAACUGAAAUUGAAUGGUUGGGAUAUCGGAAACCUAGCCAAGUCGAUGUGUUGCAUUCUAAACAUGAGGAGGAGCAAGAGGUUUGGGAUGAAGAAAUUAAUAACGAUGAUGAUGAUGGUUGCAAUGAUGACGAAGAUGAAGUUCGAGUGAUAGAAUUUCAGAAAAAAAAUGUUGAAGAUUCCCAAUUAAAAGAGGAAGGAAAUGCAAAUGAGGACUCCCCACUGAGCAGCCCUAGUUCCCAACCUGUGACACCUGAUGAGCAGCCACCCUUUGGGAAGAAGAGUGAUAUCUCCAGAAAUGCUUAUUCAAGAUACAAUACAAUAUCCUAUCGGAAAAUCAGGAAGGGGAACACCAAACAAAGAAUUGAUGAAUUCGAGUCAAUGAUGCAUUUAUAA